AUGGCGCCCUUCACUUUCUUGUUCGUUUUCUUUCAAUGUUUUUUCCCUUUGAUCAGUAGCACGGCGGCGGCGGCGGCCGUGCAGCCACCUCUUGCACCAGCGCUCUAUGUAUUUGGAGAUUCUCUGCUUGACAGUGGCAAUAACAAUCAUUUGCCAACCAUUGCUAGAGCAAAUUAUUCGCCAUAUGGUGCCAAUUUUCCCACGGGGAAUACAGGGAGAUUCACUAAUGGCAAGACACUCGCGGAUUUUGUAGCUGAAUUUCUUGGGCUACCAUAUUCUCCACCAUAUCUGAGUGUCAAAAGCUCUAUACCAGUUACGGGGUUGAAUUAUGCAUCUGGCGGAUGCGGCAUCCUCCCAGAAACUGGACGUGCAUAUGGAAAAUGCUUGCAUCUGGAAGAACAGUUUGAUUUGUUCGAAAAGACUGUGAAUUCAGAGCUGCCAAGCCAUUUCAACAACCCAGAAAAACUUGAAGAUUAUUUAUCAAAGUCUAUAGUGGCAGUCGCCAUUGGCAGUAACGACUACAUAAAUAAUUAUCUUGAAACCACGUUGUUCAAUACAAGCCAACGUUUUUCUCCCGAACCAUUCGCUCAACUCCUCGUAGAUUCACUCUCUCGGCAGCUUGAGAGGCUAUACAAUAUUGGAGCCAGAAAGGUAAUAGUGUUCGAGAUCGGUCCAAUCGGCUGCAUCCCUUCCAUCACUAGGAAAUAUAAACACAAUGGACAAUGUGUCGAAGACAAGAACCAGAUUGUUACAUAUUUCAACAACAGGCUUCUUGCCAUACUUACGAAUUUGACAACAACACUCAAGGGCUCCAACUUUGUUCUUGGCCAUGUUCAUUGGUUAGGCUAUGAUGCAGCAAUAAACCCUUCAAAAUACGGCAUGGCGGAUGCAACGAAUCCUUGUUGCACAGCAUGGUUUAAUGGGACAUCAGGGUGCAUUCCAUUGUUGAAGCCAUGCCCAAACGUCGAUAAACACUAUUUUUGGGAUGGUUAUCACCUUACAGAAGCUAUGUAUUCUCUCAUAGCUGCCCGUUGUAUCAACGAUAAAUCAGUUUGCAUUCCUCUCAACUUAAAAGACCUGGUUGAUGUUUGA